GCUCCCCGAGUCGUCAUGGGCGCCGCCGCGUGGGCGCCGCCGCCCCUGCCGCUGAGAACCUCUCUCCUCGUGCUGUUCCUGCCGCUCCCCGGGAUGCCCGCGGGCUCCUGGGACCCGGCUGGUUACCUGCUCUACUGUCCCUGUAUGGGGCGUUUUGGGAACCAGGCCGAUCACUUCUUGGGCUCUCUGGCAUUUGCAAAACUGCUGAAUCGCACCUUGGCUGUACCUCCAUGGAUUGAGUACCAGCACCACAAGCCUCCCUUCACUAAUCUCCAUGUAUCUUAUCAGAAGUACUUCAAGCUAGAGCCCCUUCAGGCCUACCACAGGGUCAUCAGCCUGGAAGACUUCAUGGAGAAGCUGGCACCCACCUACUGGCCCCCUGAGAAACGGGUAGCCUACUGCUUUGAGGUGGCAGCCCAGCGAAGCCCUGAUAAGAAGACAUGUCCCAUGAAGGUAGUUCCUGUGGGCCUAGGACCUUUCCACUUGUUCCAUAGGGGUUACAGUAGAAAGAUAGAGGUUUUUGCUGGGGUCAGUGGCUCAUGCCUGUACUUCAUUCCAUUUAUGCCUAGAUUUUCUCCAAAGGAACAUCCAGUACUUGCCUUGCCAGGGGCCCCAGCCCAGUUCCCUGUCCUGGAGGAACACAGGUCACUCCAGAAGUACAUGGUGUGGUCAGACGAGAUGGUGAAGACAGGAGAGGCCCUGAUUCAUGCACACCUUAUCCGUCCCUAUGUGGGCAUUCAUCUGCGCAUUGGCUCUGACUGGAAGAACGCCUGUGCCAUGCUGAAGGACGGGACUGCAGGCUCACACUUCAUGGCCUCCCCGCAGUGUGUGGGCUACAGCCGAAGCACAGCAUCUCCCCUCACCAUGACCAUGUGCCUCCCUGACCUGAAGGAAAUACGGCGCGCUGUGAAGCUCUGGGUGAGGGCACUGAAUGCCCAGUCAGUCUACAUUGCCACAGAUUCUGAGAGCUAUGUACCUGAGAUCCAGCAGCUCUUCAAAGAGAAGGUGAAGGUGGUCAGCCUGAAGCCAGAGGUGGCCCAGACUGACCUAUACAUCCUUGGUCAGGCUGACCACUUCAUUGGUAACUGUGUCUCCUCCUUCACUGCCUUUGUGAAGCGGGAGCGGGACCUCCAGGGGAAGCAGUCUUCCUUCUUUGGCAUGGACAAGCCCCCUCAACUUCGGGAUGAGUUCUGACACUGGCUAGAGCCUGUCACCAAUCUGAGCUGUUCCUCACCCCCUAGCCAAUCCUGGAAGCCAAUGGUAUUCCCAGGACUGCAAGCUGCUCUUCUUGGCUGCCAGAGGUGAAGAGCAGCACCAGGGACUGCCUGGAUGAGGAAGACAGCCUAUCCCAGGCUUCCAAACCUGCUGGAAGUCAGUGCAUCUCCUCCCCACAUGUGCUUCCUGCUGCUUCUCCUGGGGAUUCUCACAUGGCAAAGUAGUCCAAUCUCUGUCCUGCUUGGAGCAGCCCUGGGAUGCAGAAUUCUCUCCAGAGAGAUUUUUAUAGUUUUGAUACUAGGUCAUGAUUACCCCAAGAACUCUUCCUCAUUUUUAAAAAAUCAGUCAUCUGGGCACUGGUGGCUCAUACUUGUAUUCGCUACUCAGGAG